AUGUUCCGACUCGCCGCCUCGACGCUGGCCCGGCCCCUCUCGCGGUCGGGCGCCGGUGCCGCCUCGUUUUCCACGAGCGCGCUCCGCCGCUCGUACGAGGACACCAUCAAGAACCUCAUGAUCAACAAGGACUCCAAGGUCAUCUGCCAGGGCUUCACCGGCAAGACGGGCACCUUCCACUGCCAGCAGGCGCUCGAGUACGGCACCAAGCUCGUCGGCGGCGUCAGCCCCAAAAAGGCCGGUCAGACCCACCUCGGCCUGCCCGUCUUUGGCAGCGUAAAGGAGGCCGUCCGCGAGACCCAGCCCCACGCCAGCGUCCUCUACGUGCCCCCGCCCGGCGCCGCCGAUGCCAUCAUCGAGUCGAUCGAGAACGAGGUGCCCCUCAUCGUCUGCAUCACCGAGGGCAUCCCCCAGAAGGACGAGAUCCGCGUCGCCGCCGCCCUCCGCUCCCAGUCCAAGUCCCGCCUGGUCGGACCCAACUGCCCCGGCGUCAUCAACCCCGAGGGCUGCAAGAUCGGCAUCAUGCCCGGCCACAUCCACACGCCCGGAAAGAUUGGUAUCGUCUCGCGAUCCGGCACGCUGACCUACGAGGCCGUCAACCAGACGACGCUCGUCGGGCUGGGCCAGUCGAUCUGCGUCGGCAUCGGCGGCGACCCGUUCCCGGGCUCGACGACGCUCGACGUGGUCAAGUACCUGCUCGAGGACGACAAGUCCGAGGGCCUGGUCCUCAUUGGCGAAAUCGGCGGCAGCAUGGAGGAGGACGCGGCAGAGUACCUGGAAAAGUACAACAAGACGCGCGCCAACCCCAAGCCCGUCGUCGCCUUUAUUGCCGGCAGGACGGCCCCGCCCGGUAGGCGCAUGGGCCACGCCGGCGCCAUCAUCAGUGGUGGAAAGGGAGGCGCCGACGACAAGGUCGCCGCCCUCACCAAGGCCGGCGUCAUUGUCGCCGACAGCCCCGCCAAGAUUGGCGCCCUCAUGAAGAAGGCCAUGCAGGAAGCCGGCCUUGCCUGA